AUGGAGCUGGGUUUAGACACGAUGAACAAGAAAUCCACCAGUUCGAGCAUAUUCCCUUGUAAGAUACGUGUACGCGAUGUAAGCAUCGAUGUUUAUUCAUUCGAACAGGCCUUGGUUAUUUGUUAUCAAGCCGAAGUAACGAUUCUAGGAGAAUCUGGAGAUCCAGUGAUAGGGGAUAAAAAGAAGUGUCAGAAGAUAAUUCGGUUGAAGAAUUUAAACGAACAAACAGAUUUGAAAGCACUAUCAGAACGGACGAUCAAAAAUUGUAGUCUAAUAGCUCCAUCGAGGCUUCCAGAAAUUGAGCACCUUCUCAAGUAUCUUCGUGACAGGACGCCUAAAGCAGUCGCUGCAGAUAUACUAAAAAAUGCCUGGAAAGAGGAUGGUCCUCCCUUCGAAGGCCAGCUAUUUUACCUUAGCAGCAUCCUGGUGGAGUCCUCGAGCCAACUUUCGACAAGUCCAAAGAAGGCCUUUACAACCUGGAUUAACUUUUACCUUAAGCCCGCACGCGGUCUAUUUAUGAGUCCCAUGACAUAUUUGAGUGCCUUAGAUGAACUUCAGAAUCUACCUCGUCGUCUUCCAAGCUGUGUAGACGCUGAAAACUUCCCGAAUCCCUAG